UAUCACAUACUGAAGCGGCACCCUGUAUUAUAUAUAUUGAAUUGUAGAAUAAUGCUGUCCGCUUUAAAUUUCUUUUUAUUUGGUUUUUCAAUUUUUUUUAAACUUUUUCAUAUAGAUGACGACUUGGCUGUUUUGUUUCGAAUAUAUAUUUUGGUGCUGCCAUUCAAUUAAUCCUUUUUACUUUUUAACCCUUCAUCCCACUGAAGUGGGAAAUCGCCGUGAUAGAUAGCAACCGAAAAUAAAUAUCUGAAUCUGAAAAUACAACUUUAAUUGGAAAAGAAAUUUGUGUGGCAACUCAUGGCUCUACAUCAUCAUUAUGCAAACUGUGCAAAUCUACUAUUGUGCCAAGGAAUCCAAAUCGGAAAAAUCAUGGGGCUCUCGUAUUAAGCAAAUUUGUUGACUUUUUUAAGUCUUGAUUUGGCUCUUUUUAUCGCUGGGAUCUGGCAACCCUGAUCGUUCUUUUCGUACCUUCCUGAUGUUGUAAAAUCAAAUUUAUGUUGGGUAGCAAAUGAAAUGAACUUCAAAAUAAAACCUUAGUGGACUUGCUUGGAUUAUUGGUUGGCGCGCAACAUUCAAAUUUAUUGCAAUAUUUUUCUUGUUGUGCGACGUUUUUCUAUCGCAGCGUGGUGUACACGCUCAAAAUGUAAGCGAUAUUUUAUCCCUUCCAAACGCCAUAUAAAGUAUUUUCUUAUAUUGCUGGGUAGGAAAUUAGCUUUUGAUCCAAGCAAGACCAUAAAAAACAUUUCUCAUGGUUUACACACAGUAUUACAAAACGUCGCGCAAAUUUUCAUAUGCGACAUUAGAGGUCUAUAAUAGUAAGAAACUAGCAUUCGUAUAACACAGAUUAUGGCAGAUUGGAAAAAGAUCUGUGCUUUGCUAUUGGCCGUCGCCGGAAUUUCUUCAUCCAAGGAACCACCAGACGGCGUUUGCGUGCGGAAAUUGGUCAACGGAAAACUUGUCUCCGUGGGAUCGUGUGAGAAUGACAACGGCCAGGACAUCAUGGAUGAAAUUCGAGCAAGACUGGAAGAAACCAAAAGGAAAGAGAGAGAAAAGUUAGAAGAAAGCAAGAGACUGGAGAGAGAAAACUGCGAUGUCAUGUACAACUCGAAAUGCUUCAUUUUCAUACGCUCUACAACGAGAUAUGACGCAGCAAAGGCACUUUGUACUAAAAUUGGUGGUCAGUUAGCCAAUAUAUAUGACCAGAUCCACUACAAAAAGAUUGAAGAUUACCUGCGAACCAAAACGACUUAUGUUCUUUAUGUGUGGAUUGGAUUAGUUUAUCAGAACAGAAAGCUCUACUUGAAUACAGGACAAGAAGUGACAUUUCCAAUUGAGUAUUGGUACGGCGGAAAUAAAACUCCGACUGAUGAUUCAUCUUGGACAAGAACUAAUCUGUACGUCAGUGAAGAUCCGACUUCUCGUGGUAUUGCCGUUCCUCCGCCUACUUCUGAAGCGUACGGCCCGCUAUGUGAAAAUUAAAUACUAACAUAACGAUUCCUACGUUUUGGACACGUUUAGUGGUCAUAACGAUCGUUUCAAAAUUUUGUUGUUAUUGUUAUUUUCCUGCGUCAUUAUCAUUAAAAAAUCGCUUUUCUCCUCGAAUACUGGACCAAUUGCUUUGGAA